AUGGAGGUAAUACGGAGGAAAAGAAAACUCGCUGCGAUGCUAAUAAUAACAGAAAUCAUAGAUGAUGACAGGGAUGAAGAAAUAAUUUUGAGGGAAUUGGCUGAGAGCAGGAAGGAAGUGAGUGCUGUGUUCCAAAAACGCAUGAAUGAAGGAAUAUACAACACUUUGAUCAAGCGCCAUCUCCGUGAUGAAGAAGAAAAGUUUCAAAGCUAUUUUAGAUUGACCCGCGAACGGUUUUCCUUUGUUUUAAGCCUCGUUGAAGAAGAUAUAACAACCUCCUCCUAUAACAGAGUCAAAGAACCAAUAACAGCAGCAGAAAAAUUGGCGUUAACGCUAAGGUAA